AUGGCCUCGUUCUCCGCCCAAAGGUUGCUCAACAUCCCUCCGCCUAUCUAUCUCCACGCCGAUGAUCCGGGCUCUCCUCCUCCUGGGUCGAUCCUCCUCGACCCGUACGGCUACCUCAGCCAUCGCACCAACGGCACCACCGCCGAGGGCUUCACGGAGGACGGCCGUACCAUCCUGGUCACCUUCUGGGUGGCCAGCCCGCCGCGCGUGUCCUACUUCACUUUCGAUCGCUCCGACUUCCAGCCCUCCGUGUACGGCAACUUGCCCAAGGCCGUGACGACCUCGUCCUGUUCCGUUUCCCCAUCGUCACCAUCAGCCGUCGAGACGACGACCAAUGUCUCCUCAACAGCGAGGACCACCACUACUUCGUCUACCAGGCCGGCACCAUGGACACGCCGCCGUCACUUCAUCUGUGGGCUGGGGGUCGACCUCUGGCGGGGCAUCCUUAUCUGUCACCUUCUUCUCCCGGACAACCAUAUUCUUCGCUACAUCCCACUACCGUUGCCACAGGUGCCCAAGCCGCUCAGGGGUUAUGCCCUAUAUUAUCGGAACAUCAUUGUUCUUGGAGAUCACAUCAAGUUUUUCGAGAUGGCCAGACCACCAGGCUCUAACACUGGAUGCACCUGUGGUGCUCAACCUCAAAGUUUGGUGGCUGCAACAAAGAAGAUGAAAAUUUCAGACAUUGGUUCUGGGAACAACAACUGGGAGGAGGACUGCGCUAUCAAUUUUUCUGAGAUCCCAGUGGACAGCCUCAAGUUUGCCCAAAUGAUGCCUAGUCUGAAACAGGAGGUUACAGAUACAGAGCUAACCUUGAAGAGCCUCCAUGCGGGUUACCCUGCCCUGAGCUUGCAGGACGCUGAUGUUGUUUACGUCAUGCAAACACCUGACCCCAAUAAGGACAAGAAGGCAUCGGUGAUUGCAGUUGAUAUGAAGAACAAGACUAUAAAAGAUGUGGCUUAUUUUGGCUCUGGAAGGUAUCUUGGUUACAAUCACACCUACCUUCAAAGUGGGAUCUCGAAGUAUCUGGACAUUUGGUCCUCCUCCAGGAUUUUCCGAGUGUCCCUGCAGAUCCCUCCUAGCUUCUUGUCUCUUUGGAUAUGUGGAGAAAUUGGAUAUUUUUACCUUUCUAGUGUCUUUGGCUAUGUGGACAAAGGGUUGCAAUCGCAUGGUUUCCUGGACAUAGUAAUUGGUGCCGCAGAAUGUAUACAAGAGCAGAGUAAUGCACAGUUGAUGCCUCUUGAGUGCCAAACACACCAAAGCUGUAGGAACAUCAUCAGAAUCCUUACCAUCACCUUGUAG